UUUAACCAAAACCCAGAAAAAGUAAUGGGAAUACCAAUCCAAAGCUGUCCUUAUUGCACUUCCAUUUCCCAUUUUUGUCUCCUUCUCGUUCUUCUUCCGUUUCUUCCUUUCGCAUUCGGGUACGGGUCGGCGGGCCCGAUUGCGGCGGGGUUCAGCGAGGAGGGGUUCUUCUGCGCCAUCGACGCGAGCGGGAAGCAACAGAUCGUGUGCUGGGACAAGCAGAACAAGUCAUCUUCAACGACUUAUUUCAGUUCCCUCCCUCCGGUUGUCUCUCUCUCCGGCGGGGACGGGUUCAUGUGCGGCGUAACGUCGAAGGACUCGAGGCCUUAUUGUUGGAGCCUGGCCUAUUCAGGUACGGAUCUCGUCCCUGAAGCUUACAAGCACGUCUCUUACUCUCAAAUGGCGUCAGGGAAAGACCAUGUUUGUGCCGUCAGAGGCGAGUACUUCUCGAAAACCGAUGCGGGUACCGUCGAUUGUUGGCAGUUCGGUUCGAUUUCGAACGUUGUGUUUAAGUCCUUUUCUGGUGGUCGUUCCAUUGAUGGUGUUGUCUUUAGGAGUGUGGUUUCUGGGGAGGGAUUUAGUUGUGGUGUAGUUAGAGAUGGUGGUGGUGUCAUUUGUUGGGGACCGAAAUCGGGAAAUCUCGAGGUUUCGGGCAAUUUCAAGUCCUUGGCUUCGGGUAAGCAAUCUGUUUGUGGAAUUGCCUCUGCGUCUGAGAAAGUAGAAUGUUGGGGUGAGGCUAAUGAAUUCGGUUCCCCUCCGAACGGGACUCGUUUCGUGAGCCUAUCAGUAGGCUCGCGGCAUUAUUGUGGCAUCCGCGCGGAUGAUCACGGUGUUCAAUGUUGGGGAAGCAUCGAUUCCUCGUCGAUUCCUAAGGGUUCGGGGUUUAUGGCGAUUGCUUCCUCAGAUUUCACCACUUGUGGGGUUAGAGAGGUUGACUUGGUGCUUGAUUGCUGGGGUGUUCACGGGCAGUCCUCGCCGGAUUAUAGCCCGCCUUUGCAGUUGUGCAGCCCGGGUGUUUGUUCUCCGGGCUCGUGCUCUGCAGGGAAGUUUGCAUUCAAUGCCAGUGCUUUGAAUGAGCCUGGUUUGACCAGUUUAUGCGCUAGAAAGGAUAUGAAGAUUUGCUUGCCUUGUGGGACAAAUUGUUCUGAAGGCUACUUUCCUUCAAGUGUUUGUAGUGAAAAUGCUGAUAGAGUUUGCACUGCUUGUUCACUUUGCCAGAACAGUUCUUGUUGGGAAAUCUGCAAGAUUUCCUCGUCGUCGUCCUUCGGGAUUCGAGAGCAGGAAAGGCAAGAGAUCAUAAGGAAAUUAAUAAUCAUCGUUGGGUCCUUAGUCUCGUGCUCAUUACUACUUUUGAUCUGCUGGUUUCUCUUUACUUGGAUCUUCAGAACCAAGAGUGAAGAAAAGGGUAGAAUGUGGUGCAACUUUUGCGCGAAAAAGCAGGUGGUGGAGGCUGACCCUGAAAUGAAUUUGCAGCCAUCUCUCUCGAUAACUUCGUGCAUCGGAACAACCCAAGUGUUCAGGCUCUCAGAAUUGAAAGACGCCACACAUGGAUUCAAGGAAUACAAUGAGCUAGGAAGGGGAAACUUCGGGUUUGUCUACAAAGCUGUUCUGUCUGAUGGAAGUCAAGUAGUAGUCAAGAGGGCCAAUGCCGCCACCAUAAUUCACACCAACAUCAAGGAAUUCGAGGUGGAACUCGAAAUUCUCUGCAACAUGAGGCACACCAAUAUUGUCAACUUGUUAGGCUAUUGUGCUGAAAUGGGGGAGAGGUUGUUGGUUUAUGAGUACAUGCCACAUGGAACGCUUCAUGACCAUCUCCACGGUGAGCUUUCGCCUCUGGAUUGGAGCCUAAGGCUGAAGAUCUCAUUGCAGGCAGCAAAAGGGCUUGAGUAUCUUCACAAGAAAGUAAAACCCCCAGUCAUUCAUUGCGACGUGAAGACCUCAAAUAUCCUUUUGGACUCGGAAUGGGGGGCGAGGAUUUCGGAUUUUGGCAUGUUGAGUACUUCUGACAAGGAUUUGAAAGGAGAUUUGCAAGGUGAUGUUUACAACUUUGGGAUAGUCCUGCUAGAGAUUCUGAGCAGAAGGAAAGCUUUCGACCGGGAUUGCAACCCUCCGGGCAUUGUUGAUUGGGCAUUGCCAAUGAUAAGAAGAGGCAAAGCAGCAGUCAUUAUAGACAGGCAUGUGGCUCUUCCAAGAAAUGUGGAGCCAUUGCUUAAACUUGCUGACAUAUCAGAGCUUGCUCUGAGGGAGAAUCCCCGCGAGCGGCCUAGUAUGUCGGAGAUUGUAUGCUUGUUGGAUCAGAAUUUGAAGAGUGGAAUGGCACUAUGACAAUGUAAAUCACACCAAAAAAAUAAAGAGCUGUGGGAGACCUAUACUUCAGCAUUGUAAUUUACAUAUCU